CAAUCGCAGUAUUAGUGCCUAUUAAUAAGCGUUUGGUGUUGCCGGGGACGACCAUUCAUACAGAUGAAUGGAGCGGAUGCCGUCAAUUAUCGAAUCAUGGGUACAUUCAUCAUGUUGUUAAUCACACGGACGGUUUCCGGAAUCCUUUGGAUGGAACCCACACCAGUUCCAUUGAAAGAUUUUGGAGUCGUCUAAAAAGACGUAUAAGAGCGGUUAAUGGAUCGAGAAAUCCCAUGAUUCACAAAUACCUGGAUGGAUUUAUGUACCGAAACAGGUUUCCUAUGAUAAUGAAGACUCCUAUGAGAAACUGGUAGGCUUUUUUGCAACAUAUACGCGAACGCCAUUCUUUGUAACUGUUUAUUAUGAUUGCAUUACUUAAACCGUUUUUUACAAUUAUGCGCCUUUUUUUUUAGCCUUCUCAUUGGCCGAAGUUGUCCCUGUCAAGGUCAUUUUUGCGUUAAAAGUUCGUUUCGGUUUGGGCCGCUAUUCUUUAGAGUCACCCUGAAGGAAUUAAGACAUUUCCCAAAAUGUCUGUAGCUAACAAAGCCUCCUGCAAUCAAAGUGUGUCUAUUUAUCCUAUGAAUGAGUUGAUGACAGCACGUAAUGAGUUUCGUAAUCGGUGGAAUAGAGAAAUGUCCGCAAAUCCCUUGGCCAGAUUAAUCAAUACUGAUCAUCACAGAUACCCCCCCAAUACAAUCUUGAAAAACUGUGAGAGAUAUCCGUUUUCUGAGACAGACAAGUGUCAGCUCCUUUUAACUAUGAGUGAUGAAAUGAGAAGUGAAAUAAUAAUGAAUUCAGAACAUAUUCCUUCUGAAAUUUAUGAUUACAUGAUAUCUGAGGCAGAUUUUCAGCAUAUUUAUUCACGACUGUCCAAUAAAGUUUGCAUGGAAUAUUAUAUGGAGUCGAUAACCAGUAAUCAGUGCGUUUUAGUUCGUUAUUUUAUGUGUGAUAUAUGUGAUUUUCUGGGAACCAAUGAAGAAGACGCAUUGGAACACUUGAAACAGGCAGGUCAUCCAACCUGCAGUAAAUACAUACCAGUUUAUUAUGUGGAUAGCUUUAAUGCUAAACCAUGUCAACUUGAAGAACCACGUGUCAUCAUGAAUCAACGUGGUAGAAUUUACGGUUGGAGUGUUGGUGAUUCGGUUAUAUGUUGUCCCACGUGCAAUUUGACAUUCCCAGAUAAGUUAAUGUGUGCCUAUCACCAUUAUUUGCAACAUCCUGAAAGUGAACCCCUUUACACCUAUGGAAAGGUUUUGAUUGUACAAGAGCUAAAACUUCAUCGCUCACUAAUAUGCUCAAAUUGUCAAGUUCAAUUGUCUACAGUCAAACAUAUGACAACACGUUGUGGAAAUUCCACAUGGUGUUAUUCAUCAUUUUUCUAUUCAUUGUACUGUCAAAUGAUAUCCAGUUCGCGUCUUUUCAUUUUAUCUGUAUUGUGCAAAGUUUGUGAACGUAGUUUUUUUACAGUCUUAACACCUGACAAUUGGUUCAAUGGUCAGUCGACUAGUAGUAGAAAGCGUAAACAAGAAGAAAAAGAAUAUAACACUGGGGAUUAUUCUGAAACGGAUUAUCAGUCAUCAUCAACAUCACUCCUUACUUGUGGAGAAGAAUUUUCUCGUUUUUGCUUAAGUCAUGCUUUUCAACAUAUUGAUCGAGGAAAUCUUCUUCAAUCUUGUAAUCUAAGCGUACGUAUUAUAGAUAUUACAAACUCUGUUAAAUGUCUAUCGCCUAUUAAUCUAAUGAGUUAUUCUGCUGCAUUACUUUUUUCUCUGUACGAAUGUAGAAAUCUUCUUUUCUAUUUUAGAAAGUAUUAUGGAAGUUCAUUUCAUUUGUUUAAAAAUGCUAAAAAUCAUUUUAAAAAUUUAUUUGUAGAUGCUUUAUUUAAUCUGUGAUAAUUUUCUCUGUAUUUUUUUAAAAACACUUUUAAGCAUUUCUGUACAUAUGUAUGCGUAUAUUA